CGUUUUCAAGCUCACUUGGGUUUCAUUUGCUGAGCUUCCGGUUCGUCAGCUACGGUUCGCCUUUGACUGAUUGAUUGGUUACUGAAAAUGCCAGCUGAAAACUCAUACGCAAACACAUCUGAUCUUAUAGAACCAUUUGCUGAGGUUGACCCAACUGGUAGGUUUGGGCGGUACAAUGAUCUUCUUGGCAGUGGUGCUGUGAAAAAGGUUUAUAGGGCCUUUGAUCAAGUGGAAGGUAUAGAGGUAGCCUGGAAUCAGGUGCGACUGAGGAAUUUUACUGAAGACCCUGUGCUUUUAAAUCGUCUUCAUUCUGAGGUUGAGCUUCUUAGAACAUUGAAGAACAAAUAUAUCAUUGUCUGUUAUAGUGUAUGGAAAGAUGAAGAGUGGAACACUUUAAAUUUUAUUACUGAGAUAUGCACUUCUGGGAAUCUGAGGGCUUAUAGGAAGAAACAUCGUCAUGUGUCCAUCAGAGCAUUGAAGAAGUGGUCGAAGCAAGUUCUUGAAGGAUUGGAAUAUCUUCAUACUCAUGACCCCUGCAUUAUUCACAGAGAUCUCAACUGUAGUAACAUUUUCAUUAAUGGGAAUAUUGGCCAGGUAAAAAUUGGUGAUCUUGGAUUGGCUGCAAUAGUUGGAAAGAAUCAUGCAGCACAUUCAAUUAUAGGGACACCAGAAUAUAUGGCACCAGAGCUGUAUGAGGAGGAUUACACUGAGAUGGUGGACAUAUACUCUUUUGGAAUGUGUUUGCUUGAGAUGGUCACAAUGGAGAUACCAUAUAGUGAAUGUGAUAGCAUUGCCAAGAUAUAAAAGAAGGUAACAACAGGAAUAAAGCCGCAGGCUCUAAACGAGGUCACUAAUGCAGAGUUGAAGGCAUUCAUUGAGAAGUGCAUAGCACAACCAAGGGCACGUCCUUCAGCCACAGAUCUCCUCAACGAUCCUUUCUUUUCUGAACUCAACAAUGACCAAGGACGAAAUCCAGAUCCAAUUGAUCAUGGACAAUCUUAUUCAAGGCACGGUCUAAUAUUAAAUCUGGUCACUGCCUCAAUCUAUAUAUCCAUGGCUCUUGGCACCCCCUCAAGUUACUCCUUGGCUUCGAGUCCUUUCUCUUCGCCCAACCUUGGAGCCUUGCUCAAGAUCAAGGUCAUCACAUGGAGCCAAGAGACUGGUUUGCCUGUUUCAAUUCGCGUUCGGGUUGGAGAUAAGAUCUUUAAUCUUCACAGAUUUCCACUUGCCUCAAAGAGUGGGUAUUUCAAGAAAAAGUUGAACAAUGAAACAUCAGAGAUUGAGCUGCCGGGAGAUUUCCCCGGGGGAGCAGACGCCUUUGAGAUGAUUGCCUUGUUCAUCUAUGGCUCAUCCUCACUGAUCGACCCUUUCAAUGUAGCAUCCCUCCGCUGUGCAGCAGAGUUUCUUGAAAUGACUGAAGAACAGUGUUCAGGAAAUCUGUGUGAGAGAUUUGAUCUUUAUUUGAACCAAGUGGUGCUUCAGAGCUGGGAUGACACGUUGAUUGUACUGAAAAGAUGUGAGAUUCUGCUUCCUUGGUCUGAAGAUCUUCUCGUGGUGAGUCGCUGUAUAGAGUCUCUUGCUUUUAUGGCAUGUAUGGAGAUUCUUGACCCAGAAGGAAGAAGAGACACUCCGGUUGUUACAAUGGAUGAGCUAGCUUCACAGUCUUGGAGCUGUGAAAUGAAGGAUAUGGUUCCUGUGGAGUUGUGGAUCAAGGAUCUGAUAGCUCUGCCAUUUGAUUUCUUCAAAAGGGUCAUAGGAUCUUUGAGAAGACAAGGGAUGAAAGAGAAGUAUGUGAGUCCAAUCAUUGUUUUCUAUGCAAAUAAAUGGCUUCUCUCCAGAAACACUCCAACCCAAUUCUGUGAAAGUGACAUUCUACAAGGUCUCAUUGAUCUUCUGCCUAUUGGUGACAAUAACCGCAGCAGCAGCAAUAACAAUAACAACAACAAUAAUGGCAAUAUUAAUAAAUCCAGAAGCAAAGUUAUUAUUCCUGUUGGGUUUUAUUUUGCAUUGCUUUCAAGAUCUCUUGAACUUGGGUUGAAAAGUGAGAAUAUCAAAAGAAAACUGCAAGACCAGAUCACAGCAUUGCUGCACUUUGCACAAGAGGAGGAUUUUUUUCCUCUUCUUCUUGUCCCAGAUUACUCAGUGUCAACUAUGGAGAACAUAGUUUCAAAAUAUGUGGCAUCAAACUCAGAAACAAACCAUAGUCCAGUUGAUGAUGCAAGAUUCUACAGAGUUGCAGAGUUGUGGGAUUCAUUUCUGUUUCAUGUAAUAGAUGCAAACCCAGAAAUGGAGCCCAAGAGAUUCAUUGAACUGAUUGAAAGAAUACCUGCAGCUUAUAGACACGGUCAUGACCAACUCUACAGGGCAAUAAACAACUUUCUCAAGACACACAAAGAAAUAUCCCAAGAAGACAAAGGAGCAAUAUGCAAGAAUCUCAGCUGUCAAAGGCUAUCACAAGAGACGUGCAUUGAAGCUGUUCAAAAUGAGCUCAUGCCUCUGCGUCUGAUAGUGCAAGCACUGUUUGUUCAACAGCUAAACACACACCAAACCUUCAAAGAAUGCUCAGAUUCCUUCAGGUAUGCAAAUUAUGGAGCAGAAUUUUUAUCAGGAAGCCUGUCCAGCUCUAGAUGCCCUUACUCCAGAAGCCACAAUCCAGCCGAAAGCCCAUACACCGCCGCUGAUGGCCCUGGUAUGGGUAGUAGCAGCGGUCCAUUGGGCUUGCUGCUUCAAAAGGACUUGAUGAUGAUGCAGAAGAUCAAGUUUUCCACCACAGAGUAUGAGGCCACAAGCUUCAGAAUCCAGAACCUUGAACAAGAACUCAUGGGCCUGAAAAGAAGCCUGCAGUUGCAGAACACAGAGUUGAGCAAGAGUCAGAAGAAGAUGGUGAAACCUUAUGGGUUGGAAGGAAGAUCGAUGAGCAAGAAGAGGAAUAGUGUGGGACAAGGCAGUAGUUGCAUUAGUUCUGUGAAUUUUGCUUCCCAGAGAAAAUAUGCGAGUAGGAUAUUGAAGUUGUUUCGUCGCUUAACAUGGUUUGCAAGUAGGAAAUCUAAGAGAAAGCCGGCAGCUUCUCCUCAUUGGUCCAACUCAAUGUAGAAUAUGCAACUUCACUAGUGAGAUGUAUCCAUAUUCAUAACAAAUUGAAAGAAAAAUAUGUAUGUA